UCAGAGGAAGCGCCGGCCGAGGCAGCAGAGGCAGCCGAGGCAGGCCAGGCACAGGCAGCAGCGCCUCUCUGCCCACAACAGCUCGGCCUCCUCGCGGCGCCUCUUGGCCAGCUCCGCCGCCCGUCGGCUCUCCCUCUUCGGCAGCGGCACCCAGUCCACGAUGGGCGGGUGGUACACGAUGAUGAUGGGCGCAGGGGCCAGUGCGGGGGGCGGUGCCGCUGCCGGGUAGAGGGGGAUGUCGGGGAGGUAGUUGACCUGUCGCAGACCAAACAGAGAGAGGGAUUCAUGUGUGGGCUGCACUGGUCUGUCUGUUCGUGAUGCUUGUUUUGUUUCUCACCAGGGGCCGCCCGACCUGCACGCCCACAUCCCUCGUCAGGUCGGCAUCCUGCAGCCAACAAACCAGCAGAGAUUCCCUCUCACUUCAGUGGAUAGAAUGGCGUUUGUGUGGGGCCAUCUGCUCACCGUCAUGCCGGCCGCCCCGCGGGUCAUCUCUCCCCAACUGAAGCGGCGUUCGGUGUCCUGUUGCGUGAUGGAUGCACACACGGGGCAGAGCAUUACAGUGCUGUCGACAACGCAUAUCGUGCCCCGACUCACGUGAGCUAUCAUGGCGGCCGCUGGAGUGGUGAUCUGGCGCCUGAUGACGGCGGGGCGGCGGCGGUUCCGUGUGUCGGCGCGCCGGGGUGGGGGUGGGCAGAUGGCGGCCAUGAUCCAAUCAUUGACGUAGCACACUCCUUUCCAUAGCCUGAAACACACACGCCCGGUUAGUCAAUGGCGCAUCGCAUUGUGUGCGUAUGUAUGGGAGGGGUCAGGCGGGAUCCUCACCAGGCGACGACGUGGGUUACGAGCAGAGCGAAGAGGCCAACGUCAUCGCAAAUAUCGUCGAAUUCAUCAUAGAUCUCUGGUGAGGACUCCCGCUGCUGCUGCUGUUGCUGCUGCUCCACACGCACAGCUUCUCUUGAUCUUUUGAUCUGUUGAUCUGUAAGAAAGGGCUCAGUGAGAGUGUCUGGUGCCCACCUGCAUUUCUCUCGUGCGUUCUUUGGGGAACAGACGGUCAACGUGUGUUGAGGACGCUUCUUGCUGAGAGCAUAGGCAAACAAGGACGGACGGCAUGCCAUACUUACCAU